AUGGAGAAGAGGGGGGAGGAGAGCCAGGCCCCGCUGCUGGAGCCCAGGCCGGCGGCGGCGGAGAAUGGCGGGAGUGACAUGGUCGGCGAGGGAGGGGCGGAAGAAGAGGGGGUGGGGCUGGGGCGUCAGCUGCUGGAGGAGAACCGGAAGCUGUGGGCGGUGGCGGGGCCGUCCAUCUGCACGCGCUUCUCCACCUUCGGGGUCACCGUGAUCAGCCAGGCCUUCAUCGGCCACAUCGGCCCCACCGAGCUCGCCGCCUACGCCCUCGUCUCCACCGUGCUCAUGCGCUUCAGCAACGGCAUACUGACCAGUGGCAUUGCACCGGUUCAGACAUUUCAGAGUCUUCACUGCAUCAGAAGCAAAUUUGUAUCAAACCAGAAAAGGCUGAUGAUCUCAAACACAACUACUAAUAACUCGUACGGGGCGAAGCAGUACCACAUGAUGGGCAUCUACCUGCAGCGGUCCUGGAUCAUCCUCAGCGGCUGCGCCGUGCUCAUGCUCCCCAUCUUCAUAUUCACCGAGCCGCUGCUCGUCUUCAUCGGCCAGGACCCAACGAUCAGCGCCGUCGCCGGCACCAUCUCCAUAUGGUACAUCCCCGUCAUGUUCGCCAGCGUCUUCAACUUCACGCUCCAGAUGUACCUGCAGGCGCAGAGCAAGAACAUGAUCAUCACCUACCUCGCCUUCGUCAACCUCGGCCUCCAUCUGUUCCUCUCGUGGCUCCUGACCGUCAAGCUGCACCUUGGGCUCGCCGGGGUCAUGACCUCCAUGGUCAUCGCCAUGUGGAUACCUGCGUUUGGGCAGCUCAUCUUCGUCCUCUUCGGUGGCUGCCCUCUCACGUGGACGGGCUUCUCCUUCACAGCACUCACCGACCUCGUCCCUAUCUUCAAGCUCUCUCUGUCCUCUGGUGUGAUGCUCUGUUUGGAAUUGUGGUACAGCACCAUACUGGUCCUCCUAACCGGGUACAUGAAGAAUGCAGAGAGUGCACUUGACGCUCUUUCAAUAUGCCUUAACAUCAAUGGUUGGGAGAUGAUGAUCUCUAUCGGCUUUUUGGCUGCAACAGGAGUGCGUGUGGCAAACGAGCUCGGAGCUGGAAGUGCAAAAAGGGCCAAGUUUGCCAUCUUAAAUGUCGUCGCGACUUCUUUCUCAAUAGGCCUUGUGUUGUUCGUCUUCUUUCUUUUCUUCCGUGGGAAGCUUUCCUACAUAUUUACCACGAGUGAAGAGGUGGCUGCCUUAGUUGCUGACCUGUCGCCUCUUCUGGCCUUCUCCAUCUUGCUGAACAGUGUUCAACCAGUGCUAUCAGGUGUUGCCGUUGGUGCCGGUUGGCAAAGUGUCGUUGCCUAUGUUAACAUCGCAACAUAUUACUUGAUUGGUAUCCCUCUUGGAGCGAUCCUAGGUUAUGUUCUUGGAUACCAUGUGAAGGGCAUUUGGGUUGGCAUGCUGCUCGGGACACUGGUUCAAACAAUUGUACUUCUGUUCAUAACAAUUAGGACCGACUGGGAUAAACAGGUGGAGGUUACUCAGGAGAGAUUGAAGAGGUGGUACAUGGACGGGAACAAUGGAAAGUCAGAUUCAAGUAACAUGGUGUUUGUAUAUCCAUUGCAUUCGCUUGGUCUUGUCAUCAGGGUUGAAGAACACCUAAGGGAUGUUGAACAUUCGGGACCCGGUGCGAGUGUGUGCACAAAUUUUUGUGCGGGGACAUCGGAAGACCUGGCGUCAAUUGUUGUGGGAAAUCGAGUCAAAAGGUAUGAAAUAUUAUUAGAAGUGAAUUAUCAGAUAGAUACAAUGCAUCACCAAUGGAAAGGUGUUGGGUUGUGCUCGCAAGUGGUCUUAGAAGACAUUGCGACGACCCUUUAUUUCCCCGUCACAUCCUUCCUGGUGCAAUAUCUUGGACUUUUGCUCUUUAUCGGUAAGGUUCCCUCAUCGCAGCUGUUCCCGCUAGCUGGCAAGCUUCGCAAGAAAUCGGCGACUUGGAAGGCAUCCAUGUUCUCCCGUGUUGAGCGGCUGGCGCUUGUCUGGCAUGUGCUUUCCGCCAUGCCAGUCCAGAUUCUUCUUGCCAUGGCCAUCUCACCUCCCAUCCUCAAGAAGGUUCACCAAGUUAUUCGUUACUUCCUAUGGCAUGGUCGUGACGUCAGAGUGGCGCUUUCCUAG